UAUACGAUAGGAGUAGCAAUCAUCAUCUAUAUUUGCAGAGACGACGGAUCUAAAAUUUAAAUAUGUUGGGUUCCGCUUAUUCUCUUUAAAACUAUAUUUUUCGUUUUAUAAAGAGGUUGAGAACAACAUCAUGACUAGUUUUGAUAUACCAACGAUUGAUGUUUCUCAUUUUUUUAGAUCAGAGGAAAAUGAAGAAGGGAAAAAGAAGGCUAUGGAGCAAAUUAGAGCAGCUUGUGUUAACUAUGGUUUCUUUCAGAUUGUGAAUCACGGAAUUCCUUUGGAGUUGUUGAGCAGAACCAUGGAUGCGUAUGAGACUUUCUUUGCUUGUGCAGAUGAAGUAAAACUAACAGUACCUGAUAAUUAUUUAAAAAGCACAAGGAAUUCAGCUGAAACUUAUGAGCACUUGGCGUUUCGUAGUCUGCCCCAAAAAUCCACCUCAUUUCAAUACGAAUUUAAAGUUUCAUUUGUAUUUUCGCCCUUUAUAAAAUUUCUCUGUUUGAUAUUGUUAGGCAAGUAUUGGAGGAGAUUUCCAGCGACAGAAGAUGACAACAUAGGAAAACCUGCACAUGUAGAUCCUGGCUUCUUCACCAUUCUGUACCAGGAUGAAGUUAAAGGCCUUCAGGUGCACAAAGAUGGACAGUGGAUUCCCAUAGAGCCUUCCAAAGACAAACUAGUUGUCAACAUUGGUGAUGUGAUUCAGGUGCUAAGCAACAAUAAAUUCAAGAGUGCACCUCACAGGGCGGUCAGACCAAGAGAAACAAACCGUUAUUUGUACGCUUUCUUCUACAAUGGGGAAGGAGACAAGUGGGUUGAGCCAUUACCACAGUUUACAAAGGAAACUGGAGAAUCACCCAAGUACAGAGGAGACUCAGAAAUAGGACUCAUCCACCAGCUAGACCUGAAGAUUUCAUCAAUAUAACCCAUUACUCAAUUUCUAAUUAGAUGAAAAGUUCUCUAUAUAUGGAAAGAGACAUAGCAAUAAUAUGUAUUACAUCACUCCGUCUCAUUUAAUAAUUUAAACUGUCAGAGAGCACAUAAAAUUUUUCUUAAACACGUCUUUCACCGUUCAAGCCUGAUUCCUUGAAGAGGAAUUCUCAACUUGUACCUAUGCAUC